AUGUCAUCUGAUGUUAAACAACUACUACCGCAAUGGAUUUAUAUUAUAUCAUUUUAUUCUUCUAUAACAUCAACCAUCAUUAUCUUAUUAUCAAUUUAUUUCCAUUUACUUAAUUAUCGUAAACCAUUUCAACAACGAUUAAUGAUUAGAAUUCAAUUAAUUGUACCAUUAUUUGCCAUAUCAUGUUAUUCAAUGUUAAUUAAUCAAACUUCCCCCAUAAAUAAAUUUUUAUUAGAACCGAUACGUGAAGUUUAUGAAGCAUUUGUUAUUUAUACAUUUUUUUCAUUAUUGACAGAUAUGUUAGGUGGUGAACGACAAAUCAUUAUUGUUACUAGUGGUAGAGAACCAAUUAGUCAUCCUGGUAUAUUAAGAUAUUUAUUACCUAAAUUAGAUAUAUCUGAUCCUCAUACUUUUUUAAAUAUUAAACGAGGAAUAUUACAAUAUGUUUGGUUGAAACCAAUAUUAUGUAUUACUAUUAUAAUAUUAGAAUUGAUUGGAUUAUAUAAUGUUAAUGAUUUAAGUAUUAAAUCAAUUUAUUUUUGGUUAACAUUGAUUUAUAAUGCUAGUGUUACAUUAUCACUUUAUUGUUUAGCAAUUUUUUGGAAAAUUUUAUGGAAUGAUUUAAAACCAUUUAAACCCGUGGGGAAAUUUUUAUGUGUUAAAUUAAUUAUUUUUGCAAGUUAUUGGCAAGGAGUCAUAUUAGCUAUAUUAUCAGUAUUGAAAUUAUUACCUAAUGGAGAUAUAGCAGAAAAUGAUGGUGAAAAUAUUGGUAUUGCUAUACAAAAUGCAUUAUUAUGUAUUGAAUUGAUUGGAUUUGCUAUUGGUCAUUGGAUUUCAUUUAGUUAUUAUCCAUUCACAAUAUCACAAUUACCUUAUGGUAGAUUUCAAUUCAAAUAUGCCAUAAAAGAUUGUUUAGGUUUUAAAGAUUUAAUAUCGGAUUUUGGUUUAACUUUCCAUGGUGAUUAUUAUAAAGAUUAUAAACAAUUUGAUUCAGUAGAAGCAAUGGUGGCUCAUCCAGAAUCAAAGGGAAGAAUGAGUCGUAUUCAUCAAGGUUUAAGAUAUCAUUAUGAUGGCAAACAUAAACAUUGGUUACCAGAAAAUCAAUCAUUAUUAUCGGCCACUACUCUUCUAUCCCAACAAGGGCAAGGACAAGGACAAGGACAAGGACAAUUACUGAUAAGUUCUAAUUCAAUGAGUGUUCCUAGUACUUCAGAAAUUCAUGCAUUAGAUACUUCUUCAAUAUUAUCAAAUAAUACUUCAAUGAAAGGAUUAUAUCCAAUAUCAUCACGUCGAUCAUCAUCAUUAGAAGAUAAUUAUUCUCCAUUACUUGAUCUACAACAACAACAACAACAGCAAGCGUCGUCGGAACAACAAUAUAUACAACAGCCAAUAUCGAUUCAAGAUAUCAUGGAAAAUGAUUUAGAAUUAUCAUCAUCUUUGUCAUCAUCAUCAAAUAACCAUGGUGAUUCCAUUGAUUAUACUAAUGAAGAAUUUGAUAUUGAUGAAAUAUUAUAUGAUGAAUCAAUUAAACAAAUUAAUAUAUAUCGAUUAGAUGAUGAAAAAAUUAAAAAAAUUAUAAAUUAUCCUAUUGUUGAUGAAGUCAUUGAUAGUCAUUUAUAUGGUUAUAAAGUUCAAAAAUUACGUCAACGACAAAAAAUUCGUGAUUUAAAAUCAAAACAGCAACAACAACAACAACAACAUCAACAAAAUAGGGAUGCCAGUGGUGGUAGUAGCGUAUCACCGAUUUUACAAUCUAAUGAAAGUUAUCGAUAUGGAAGUAUUGUUUAA